CGUCCGAGGUCACCGACGCGUGGUAUAGCGAAAUUGGACGACACAACUUCGACAUCCUGAGCCCUCAGCCCGAGUCCGCUCGCUUCUGCCAACUGGUGUGGAGGGCCUCGCAGAGACUCGGGGUCGGCCGUGCCGUCAGCCCCCAGGGCUGCGUGGUGGUCGUGGCCCUGUACGACCCCCCCGCGCUCGGGCAACGGUGCGCGACUCCCGGCAACGAUGCCGACAUGAUCGCCGUCUCUCCGGUGGCAGCGCCGAACGGAAGUUGUGUCCCGGGGACAGAAGCGGUGGACGAAGACUGCGGCCCGAGGGUGGCAGAAUCGGCGGACGAUGACGAUUGUGUACUGGCGGUGGACGCGGGGGUGAUGCUUACCGUGGACGACGCCUCGGGCGUUGGGAAGUCGGAGAAGUCGUCCCUCGUCGAAGGGGUUCCGGAAAGCGAGGCGAUGGAAGAUCCAGAACGUUCCGUGGCAGAAAGCACGGCAACCGUGAUGGGCGAAUCGGCAGGCACACGUGCCGUGGGUACACGUGGCAAGACCGAUGCCUCGAGUGAGAUGGCACCAAAGGAAGCCAUGCCGAAAUCAGUUUCCUUCUUGUCACUUGGAGAUGCCCCCUGGACAAUGGAGCUGCUGUCGAUGCAGUCUGCCGACACAGACUUGGACACAGAGGAGAGCUCGGGCACAGAAACUCUGGUGAUGGAUUCAGACAGAACAACUUGUGAAAUAAUGGAAAGAUCUGAGGCGGAAGCAAUUGAAGAGCUCCCGUGGGUGGUAGAAAGGGGGCAUGGAGGUGCAGGCUCAUGUGAAGGAGUGGGAAGAGAAGACACUCUGGUGAUGGAGAAAAUUCUAGACGAGUCUCGCCCAAAAGAGCACACCGGAGGUGGAGAUGAAGCAGAGAUGGUGGCUGGGAAAGAUAUCCGAACAAGCGAGGAGGACCAGGAGGAGUUUUGUAUGGACGUCCUGGCGGAGCACAACCGCCUGCGCGAGAUCCACGGCGCCCGGCCUCUGCGGCGGAGCGUGGCCCUGGGCCGGGACGCGCGCGCCUGGGCCCGCGUGCUGGCACGCUCGCGGGCGCUGCGGUCCCACCCCACCGUGCCGCACGGCCAGAACGUGUGGGCCAGGCACAUCGGCACGGGCGAACUGCCCAAAGGUGGAGAUGGGGAGGGUGCGGUGUAA